CAUUGUAUGAUCAGAACUGGAAAUCAAGCAUCAUGGCUUGUUCACUUUGGCUAGAACUACUCAUCCUUUCAGCCAUUGUUAUGCUUAUUAUCUCUCCCAAGAUCACAGCCCAACAACCCAAAUACCGCUACCACAUGUGCCCAAACACCUCAACUUUCACUCCCAAUUCUGCCUUCUCAAAAAACCUCAAUGCCACUCUCUCUUCUCUCCUCUCAAAUGCCACCCUCACCAAUGGAUUUUACAACACCAGCAGUGGUGCCCUGCAGGGCUUUGAUGCAGCCAAUGGCCUCCUUCUUUGCAGAGGAGACAUCUCUCUAAGUUUGUGCCAAACUUGUGUCAAGGCCUCUUGUGAAAAUAUCACAACCCUUUGCCCAAACCAGAAGGAGGCCAUUAUAUGGUAUGAUGAGUGCAUGUUGAGAUACUCAAACAGAUCCAUUUUUGCGGUUACGGAAGAACAGCCUACUGUUUAUCUGGGGAGCAUAAACAAUGCUUCAAAUCCAAGUCAGUUUAAUGAGGCUUUGGGUAAUUUAAUGGGCAGUUUGGUGAAUUAAGCUGUGGGUUCUAGCAAAUUUUUUGCAAGUGAAGAUGUGAAUUUGACAACUUUUAAUAGGCUAUAUGGACUGGUGCAAUGCACUCCUGACAUUGUUUCAUUCGACUGCAGGAUGUGUUUGGCUAAUUGUGUUAGUGAGAUUCCUAGUUGUUGUAAUGGGAAGAAAGGAGGUCGAGUUUAUAAGCCGAGCUGCAACAUCAGGUUUGAAGUUUAUCCCUUUUACGCUGAGGCCUCUCAACCACCGCCUUCUCCUCCUACAAAUGCGACUCCUCCAUCGUCACCUUCACCUCCACCACCACCAGCAACGUUGACAAAUUCCGGAGGAAAUAGGAAGAUCUCCCCAGAGACAAUUAUCACAAGUACAGUUCCUGCAGCCCUUGUUUUCAUAAUAAUUUUAUCCGCUUCAUGCUACUGCCUCCUUAGAAGAAAAGAGUACCAAGUAGCAAAAGAGGGAAAUGGUGGAAAUGAAAUUUUUGUGGUGGAAUCUUUACAAUUAGACUUGCAUUCCAUUAUAGCUGCCACAUGCAAUUUCUCUGAAGGAAACAAGAUUGGUGAGGGUGGAUUUGGCAGUGUAUACAAGGGUACAUUGCAUAAUGGACAGAUGGUAGCUAUAAAGAGGCUAUCAGAAAGCUCAGGUCAAGGUUUAGAAGAAUUCAGGAAUGAGGUUGCCUUGGUAGCCAAGCUUCAGCACAGAAAUUUGGUGAGUUUACUGGGAUUUUGUGCUGAAGAAGAGGAGAAAAUACUUGUCUAUGAGUUUGUGCCCAACAAGAGCCUUGAUUACUUCCUUCUUGAUCCUGGAAAACAACGGCAAUUGGAUUGGUUAAUGCGAUGUAAGAUUAUAGGAGGAAUUGCUCGAGGUCUCCUAUCUCUUCAUGAGGAUUCCAAGCUCAGGAUUAUUCAUUGUGACCUCAAAGCCAGCAAUGUUCUCUUGGACGAGGACAUGAACCCAAAGAUAGCAGAUUUUGGCAUGGCAAGGAUUUGUGGGGUGGAUCAAAGUCAAGGGAAUACAAGCAAAAUUGUUGGCACAUACAGUUAUAUGCCUCCAGAAUAUGCAUUGCAUGGAGAUUUUUCAAUCAAGUCCGAUGUAUACAGCUAUGGAGUUCUAAUACUAGAGAUCAUAAGCGGCAGAAAGAAUAGUUCUUUCUAUCAAUCAGAUUAUGCAGAGGACCUCUUGAGCUAUGCCUGGAGACUUUGGAGGGAUGGAACUCCAUUGGAGCUAACAGAUCAAACUCUAGGCAUAUCUUUUCAUCGAAAUGAAGUCACCCGAUACAUCCAUAUCGCAUUAUUGUGCAUUCAGGAAGAUCCAGCAGACAGACCUACAAUGGCAGCUGUACUACUCAUGCUUAGCAGUUUCUCUGUAACGCUGCCAUUACCGAAACGCCUGGCAUUCUGCAGUCGUAGCAAGACAGGGCAGAGUAGGUUAGCAGUUUCUCUAACUGGAAUCUGGAAAUCAGGCAUCAUGGCUUGUUCACUUUGGCUAGAACUACUCAUCCCUUCAGCCAUUGUUAUGCUCAUUAUCUCUCCCAAGAUCACAGCCCAACAACCCACAUACCGCUACCACACGUGCCCAAACACCUCAACUUUCACUCCCAAUUCUGCCUUCUCAAAAAACCUCAAUGCCACUCUCUCUUCUCUCCUCUCAAAUGCCACCCUCUCCAAUGGAUUUUCCAACACCAGCAGUGGUGCCCUGCAGGGCCCUGAUGCAGCCAAUGGCCUCUUUCUUUGCAGAGGAGACAUCUCUCCAAGUUUAUGCCAAACUUGUGUCAAGGCCUCUAGUGAAGAUAUCAUAACCCGUUGUCCAAACCAGAAGGAGGCCAUUAUAUGGUAUGAUGAGUGCAUGUUGAGAUACUCAAACAGAUCCAUUUUUGCAGAUAUGGAAGAAAGUCCUACUGUUUAUCUGUGGAACAUAAACAAUGCUUCAAAUCCAAGUCAGUUUAAUGAGACUUUGGAUGAUUUGAUGGGCAGUUUGGUGAAUAAGGCUGUGGGUUCUAGCAAAUUUUUUGCAACUGAAGAUGUGAAUUUGACAACUUUUAAUAGGCUGUAUGGACUGGUGCAAUGCACUCCUGACAUUUUUCCAUUAGACUGCAGGACGUGUUUGGCUAAUUGUGUUAGGGAGAUUCCUAGUUGUUGUAAUGGGAAGCAAGGAGGUCGAGUUUAUAAGCCCAUCUGCAACAUCAGGUUUGACGUUUCCCCCUUUUACACUGAGGCCUCUCAACCACCGCCUCCUUCUACAAACGCCACUCCUCCAUCAUCACCUUCACCUCCACCACCACCAGCAACGUUGACAAAUUCCGGAGGAAAUAGGAAGAUCUCCUCGGAGACAAUUAUCACAAUUACAGUCCCUGCAGCCGUUGUUUUCAUAAUAAUUUUAUCCGCUUCAUGCUACUGCCUCCUCAGAAGAAAAGAGUACCACGUUGCAAAUGAGGGAAAUGGUGGAAAUGAAAUUUCAGUGGUGGAAUCUUUACAAUUAGGCUUGCAUUCCGUUAUAGCUGCCACAUGCAAUUUCUCUGAAGGAAACAAGAUUGGUAAGGGUGGAUUUGGCAGUGUGUACAAGGGUACACUGCAGAAUGGACAGAUGGUAGCUAUAAAGAGGCUAUCAGAAAGCUCAGGUCAAGGUUUAGAAGAAUUCAGGAAUGAGGUUGCCUUGGUAGCCAAGCUUCAGCACAGAAAUUUGGUGAGGUUACUCGGAUUUUGUGCUGAAGAAGGGGAGAAAAUACUUGUCUAUGAAUUUGUGCCCAACAAAAGCCUUGAUUACUUCCUUUUUGAUCCUGAAAAACAAGGGCAAUUGGAUUGGCUAAUGCGAUGCAAGAUUAUAGGAGGAAUUGCUCGAGGACUCCUAUACCUUCAUGAGGAUUCCAGGCUCAGGAUUAUACAUCGUGACCUCAAAGCUAGCAAUGUUCUCUUGGAUGAGGAUAUGAACCCAAAGAUAGCAGAUUUUGGCAUGGCAAGGAUUUGUAGGGUGGAUCAAAGUCAUGGGAAUACAAGCAGAAUUGUUGGCACAUAUGGUUAUAUGCCUCCAGAGUACGCAUUGCAUGGAGAUUUUUCAAUCAAGUCUGAUGUGUACAGCUAUGGAGUUCUAAUGCUAGAGAUCAUAAGCGGCAAAAAGAACAGUUCUUUCAACCAAUCAGAUUAUGCAGAGGACCUCUUGAGCUAUGCAUGGAGACUUUGGAGAGAUGGGACACCAUUGGAGCUAACAGAUCAAACUCUAGGCAUAUCUUUUAAUCGAAAUGAAGUCACCCGAUACAUCCAUAUCGCAUUAUUGUGCGUUCAGGAAGAUCCAGCAGACAGACCUGUGAUAGGCACUGUAGUACUGAUGCUUAGCAGUUUCUCUGUAACGCUGCCAUUACCGAAACGCCCAGCAUUCUGCAUUCGCAGCAGGACGGGGCAGAGUACUUCGGAAUUGGGUCGGGAAGCAGUUCAAUCUUCAAGCAAAUCCAUGCCUUCAUCUGUAAAUGAAGUUUCAAUAACUGAACUCUAUCCUCGUUAGAACAUAUACAUUCAAUACAAAUAAGGCUUGUUUAUGAUUUAAUAAUGCUUGUUCUCAAGACAUUUCGUGUGUACAAGACAUGUUAACUAGCCUCUAGCUCAGUAAAGGAAGCCUCAUUCAAGGAAAAUUGAACAUGAUUUUGAUUGUGAUCCAGCAUAGGUGAUUCUGAAUCAUCCAUCUUCGAGUCUGGUUACACGAAAAAAUGCUGGUUUCGAGGGAACAGGGAGAGAUAAAAAGUAGCUAGUGAGCGUGCGAGCUAUUGAAGCCAUCGUAGGUCUAUUUGAGACAAUUUCUUGAACACAAAGCAACCCAAUGUGAAUACAUGUCAUCACUUCACUGCUUGAACCAACUCUUAAAGUAGGGUCUAUCAGAUUCAAGGCUGUCUGUUCGUUUUAAUUUCUCCAUGCCUGUCAAAAAUAUCAACAGUCAGUUGAACCCAUCAGAAAAAAUCGUAACAUCUUGGUCUAACAGUCUGACCUGCAA